AGGUUCCAAAACAAGGAAAUGAAGGGAGGAGGCGGGACUGUGGGUGCCUGCGGGAGCCGCCGCCGCCGCCGCGGAGGAGGAGGAGGCGGAGGAGGUGGCUGCCGCGGCCGCCGAGGAGUCCCUUGCUGAAGGCAGACCGCGGAGCGGCGGGCGGCGCGCGCGCGCCCGUGCGACGGCUGUUGGAGAAGUGGAGCGGCGGCGGCGGAGGAGGGACUGAGUGGCGGCGGCCCCCGCGUCCCGGUUUCUCUAUGGGGGAAGCAGACAAUGGAUUAUGAUUUCAAGGCGAAGCUGGCGGCGGAGCGGGAGCGGGUGGAGGAUCUGUUUGAGUACGAAGGGUGCAAAGUGGGACGCGGCACCUACGGGCACGUCUACAAGGCGAGGCGGAAAGAUGGAAAAGAUGAAAAGGAAUAUGCACUUAAGCAAAUCGAAGGCACAGGAAUAUCUAUGUCGGCUUGUAGAGAGAUUGCACUUUUGAGGGAGCUGAAGCACCCUAACGUGAUCGCCUUGCAGAAGGUGUUCCUUUCUCACAGCGACAGGAAGGUGUGGCUACUGUUUGACUAUGCAGAACAUGACCUGUGGCAUAUUAUUAAGUUUCACCGUGCAUCAAAAGCAAAUAAAAAGCCCAUGCAGUUACCAAGAUCCAUGGUGAAAUCGCUGCUGUACCAGAUUCUCGACGGUAUCCAUUACCUCCACGCAAACUGGGUGCUCCACAGGGAUCUGAAACCAGCAAAUAUCCUAGUAAUGGGAGAAGGUCCUGAAAGGGGGAGAGUCAAAAUAGCUGACAUGGGUUUUGCCAGAUUAUUCAAUUCUCCUCUAAAGCCACUCGCAGAUUUGGAUCCAGUAGUCGUGACAUUUUGGUAUCGGGCCCCAGAACUUUUACUCGGUGCCAGACAUUACACAAAGGCCAUUGACAUCUGGGCAAUAGGCUGCAUAUUUGCUGAACUCCUGACUUCAGAACCCAUUUUUCACUGUCGUCAGGAGGAUAUAAAAACAAGCAACCCUUUUCAUCAUGAUCAACUAGAUCGGAUAUUUAGUGUCAUGGGUUUUCCUGCAGAUAAAGACUGGGAAGAUAUUAGAAAAAUGCCAGAGUACCCAACUCUUCAAAAAGACUUUCGAAGAACAACGUAUGCCAAUAGCAGCCUCAUAAAGUACAUGGAGAAACACAAGGUCAAGCCUGACAGCAAGGUGUUCCUCCUGCUUCAGAAACUCCUCACCAUGGAUCCAACCAAGAGAAUCACCUCAGAGCAGGCUCUGCAGGACCCUUACUUCCAGGAAGACCCUCUGCCAACAUUAGAUGUGUUUGCUGGCUGCCAGAUUCCAUACCCCAAAAGAGAAUUCCUUAACGAAGAUGAACCAGAAGAGAAAGGUGACAAGAACCAGCCACAGCAACAGAACCCACAUCAGCAGCCUGCAGCCCCCCCACAGCAGGCAGCAGCCCCCCCACAGGCUCCCCCACAGCAGAGCAGUGCCCAAACCAAUGGAACUGCUGGGGGAGCCACUGCUGGUGGUGGGGGUACUGGAGGGGGGCUGCAGCACAGCCAGGACUCCGGGCUGAAUCAGGUGCCUCCAAACAAGAAGCCCCGGAUCGGGCCAUCGGGUGCAAGCUCAGGCGGGCCUGGCAUGCCAUCGGAUUAUCAGCACUCCAGUUCUCGCCUGAAUUACCAAAGCAACGUUCAGGGGUCUUCUCAGUCCCAGAGUACGCUAGGAUACUCAUCAUCUCAACAGAGUACCCAGUACCACCCGUCUCACCAGGCCCACCGGUAUUGACUGACCCACCCUCGGUCUCUGAGAGCACAGACUCCAGCAGCGUGGUGUCUGCAUUACAGAGAACCCCAGAAUGAAGACUGACUCAUGCAAAGCACAGCCACUUGAAAGGAAACCUUUGCAUGCUAAGUAUUUUGAAGGACAAAUAUCUCUUCUUCUUGACUUAAAGAAGAUUCUUGUGAAGUGUCCCCAGCCCUCUUCCCCCCGCAUGAUUCCUCUGUGACUUUCCUGAUGAAGCAUCUGGUCUACCCCAGCACUUCGCAUCCUUCAGUAGUCUCUGAAGGCGUUUCUGGUGCACCUUUCUCACGCUGUAGCAAUCAUUAUAUUUAUCUUUUCUUAGGAUUUCAAUGUUCUAGGAACAGGGUUCCAAUGGUGUAUAAUUUUAUACUUCAUGAACUGAUAUAGCAACACCAGUCAAAUGCACCUUUUAAAGCACUACAGAGUCUUCACAGACUAACUGCUUUGCUCUUGGAAGUCUUAAAAAGAAACUGUUACUGUCCCAAAGUACUUUACUAUUAUGUUUGUAUUUAUCUCUUUCAGGGAAGGUCUAGUGAAAGACGAGUGUGGGACAGAUGGUGCCCACAACCAAAAACAGCGUAGGUCUUUGCAGCUGCCUGCUUAUGCUAUGAAGGACUAAAGUACUUGGUGGUUUUUAUAUAAUCAUUUAUGGGGAACUCAGUUCCCAGAAUCCUAUUCUGAAUAAUAUUCAGUAAUUAAAAUUAUAAUUUUAACUUCAUGUAGCUAAGCCUACUUUAAAAGAGGUUUCGGGAGCUUUGAUGGAAUCUGGUCCUUUGGGACUCACCUGGGAGGUCUGAAGAGACUUUCCUGCACUAGGACCUCACAAGGGGUCCUGCUGAUCAAAGCACGCUUCUUCCACUUGAAGGAAACGCUUUUUUCUUCUGUCAAGAAGCUGCUGGCUCUUCGGUCUCUUCACAUCUGGUCAGCAUGAGUAACUUUCUUUCAUAAUCAAGGAUACUCAAAUAGAAGCCUGUUAAUUCAUCUGCAGUGUUUUACAUUUGUAUGUACAUUAAGCAUAAAGUGACUAUUUUUAAAGCAUGGUAACAUUUUAGGUUUCAUUCAUGUUCGAAGUAUGUAUUAUGUAUGCAUAAUUUUGCUAUUAUUGAGACUUAAUGCUGUCAAGAAUCUUUUUUAUUGCACUGAAUGCUUUCUUUUGCCCCUAGGAAAAAACUUAAUAAUUGUGCCUAAGAACUAUGGGCAGAUAGUGUAAAGUAGAUGAGGUGAAUAUUUGCAUUUCCAUGAUCUACGAAUUAGAGGGGAGUUCUUUCUUAGCUCCUUUUAAGGAACCCCCACCUCCAGAAUCAAGAGGAAAUAUAAAGGCUUAGAGCUCCCAUUGUAGUUCAGGGGCCAGAACAUCUGUGCUCUGAUGCACACCUAUGCUCUGAUGCACACCUGUGCUCUACUGCACACCUGUGCUCUGGUACACACCUGUGCUCUGAUGCACACCUGUGCUCUGAUGCACACCUGUGCUCUACUGCAUACCUGUGCUCUACUGCACACCUGUGCUCUGAUGCACACCUGUGCUCUACUGCAUACCUGUGCUCUACUGCAUACCUGUGCUCUGAUGCACACCUGUGCUCUACUGCACACCUGUGCUCUACUGCAUACCUGUGCUCUGAUGCACUCCUGUGCUCUGAUGCUCCUAGCAGCACCAGCCUUGUUUUCAAUGUUUCUUGAGCUAGAAAAAAUAGCCAAUUGUUGUAUAUGCAAACUAUAUGCAUUUUUAAAAACUAUUCUUGUGAACCUAUCUACCUGGUUAUGAUACUCUGGGGUCCAUAUACAAGUAAACUAAGAUUUUUAGAAGCCAGUAUACAUUUUGCACUAUUGAUGUGAUACUGUAGCCAGCCAGGACCAUAUGAUUUCAGCAUAAUGAUCCUCAUAAGUAGUAAUAAAGGCUGUACAGUGACAUGCAUACCAGGACCGAAAAUGAAGUCAUCGACACGGGACAUGCUUCAUUGGGAGGAAUUUCUGUCUCCUUAGAUUUGUCUUAUCCUUUAUAUAUAUUUUUUUUUAAUAAGAAUCAGCCUCCUGCAUAAUGUAGCUAUCUAUAUAAAGUCUGCCCUGUGCCCUGGAGCCUUUGUCCAGGGCACUGCUCUCUUAUCACAGGCUCAGUGCUCUGCUGGGUAGAACAAGAACAGGAGACAUUCCUUGUUACAGCCAGUCCAGUGACAGUAGACUCAUGUGGGACGUCUGUGCCGUGUGGUUGACUUACAAAUGUCACGUGAUAUGAAGGUUCUUUUGUUUACUUCUGAACCCACUUGGAUAACUAUGCUUCUGAAUUUUAUGGUAAACAGUGUUAGGGGGGAGCAGAUCUGUGUCUGACCACUCAAGGAGCAAGCCAGCGAUCAGCUGUCACAAAAGGCAUCUAUGCAUAUUUGAAAUGUUCACAGCAGCCUUCAGCAGCACUUGGGUGGCCCUUGUGGACAGAGCGCACUCUACUAAACGUUUGUAGAGAUUACAGUGAAAACAGAAGUUCUGUUCUUGCCGUGAGCUCAGUUUAAUGAGAGGCAUUAGCCCCUAGUCUGUGUAUAUACAUAUAUAUUAAAUCAGUUCUUCGUACACAAACUGGAUACACAGUUCUGACAGUGCGCACUUACACAUUCACAGGACUGUUGUGGUAAAACUGACUCAAAACAGGGCACUUUGUCAUUUGCUUCCAGUCUAGUGUUUUCCAGGACAUAGCCAGAAAACUCCUAUCUAUACAACUGGGUUCCACAUCACUGCACUGAUUCUGGCCCUUUGAUUUUCUCUUCUUGUCUCAGGGUUGGUGAUGCAUACCUGUGCCCAGUACUCUUAGAAAUAAUUUCUGUUCAUUAUUUCCUUUCUCUGUGAAGGAAGCAAAGCCUUUUGUAUACAUUAAGGCCAUAGUCUGAUGGGACCUAUGAAGCUUCUUAAGGGUGGAAUUUACCUUUGUGAGCCUCAAGUGAUGGUAUUUCUCUUUGAACGUUCAUUAGAUACUACUUUCUUCUCUAGGGACACAGGGAGGCAUCCUCUGACUUAGGGGAGCUUUGGAGUCUAGGGAGGAUUGAAGGAUUGAGUUGAGAGGUUUCUGUUCUUUAUAUUAAAAGUCACUUUUAAAGGUAGCUUUGUGGCAAGGUGUUUGGGGGAAAAGGAUUCAGGCAUUUGGUGACAGAGUAGCUAAAAGUAUGAUAGCGUGAGUUGGUGAUUCGAGGCUGAAGCAAUCCUUUUGAUGAAGUAAACCAUGAAGUGAGAUGCAGAGAUCAAGGGACAAGUCUGUUUUUAUAUCUGUGCUUUUGAAACCUUAGGACUUAGAGCCCGGACAUUCUGCACUCACACAGGCUCGCCGCCUCAUCCCUGGUUUUUCUUGUGCCUCUGAGAUGAUGCUCUGCUUUGCUAAAAGGAAGAGGAAUUGGAGAGUAGGACUUGCAGCUUGCUUUUUGUUUAAGAUAUAGCAGCAGCUACAUACUGCUCCCUAGGUGACCGAGAAAGACAGUGAGUGGCCAUUGGGCUUAAUGGAGUCUCGAAGGAGUCGGGUUCAAGUAAUAAUUUUAUACAAAGUGUAGCAGUUUAGGUCCCCAUAAUCAUCAAGAAUCGUUACAAACAUCAUAGCCCCAAAGGUCAGUGUUUGAGGGAUUUCAGAAGUGUAUGAUACCCAAGGAUACUUACCCUUCCAAGCCGUUUUCCACAGGGAGUGUUGCUAAUGUGUUAUAUGGGAAAUACCUAAUGCACUGUCACCACCUAGUGAGUACAUGAAUACUAGUUAAAAAAAAAAAAAAAAAAAAAAAAAAAAGCUUUGUCUGGGUAGACACUAAAAGCAUUAUACAAAGCCAGGACUGAGAUGUCCUUUUUAAUAACAACUGAAAGUACUUUUUAUAUAUGUUAUACAAUAUGUCCUUUCUAAACUAGUUUGUAUUCUGGAUAAUUCCUGUUUGUGAAGUGUACCUGUCUAUCUUUUUGGUCAUUUUCUGCACGCACUCCCUCUGUAUGGUUAGAUAUCGCCGUGGCUCUCCUUGCUCUGCUGUGAUGUGUGUACGCCAAGCCUGCUGCCCUCAGAAGCCCGCUCCGGGGAUGCAGGGUGUGUGGCCUUGGCCUCUUCAGAACUGGGUGCUUCUGCUCUGGAGUUAUCCAGCCACCCUUCUCAAAGUGACUGUUCCAGCUGCAAUGAGUUACAUCACAUUUAUUUUAUAUUCUUGGUUGAAAUAAAAUUUAAUUGACUUUG